UGGUUUUUAAUCAGUUCAUCUUCCAACUCUAUUUCAGUGAGAGAUCAGGUCCAGAACGGUGAGGAUGACGUUGUGUUUCGGACUAGCUUCGUGUUUCAUCAUCUCAUGUGCGUUAGCGGCCCCAACCGUUCAUCUAAUAAAACCAAACGAUGAGGAUUUUUCCGCUGGCCAGGCAGACUAUCAAACAGACGCUCCCGACAUAGUGGACCCAACGUGGAUGACGGUAACAAUGAAACCGAUCGUCAAAACUACCGUGCUAGACCCAGUAAGCCAAAACUAUCUGCCCCCAAUGGGAUCAUCCGGUCAACAUCCGUCAUCACAGCAACCGACCAUUUAUCCAUACCACUAUCCGAAUGCUGCUCCUGGGGUGACCACAGCGAAUCAUCUUUAUCCGUACAACAUUCCACACUACCAACCAAAUUACCCACUUCAAUGGACCCAGCAGACAUCAGUUCCACUGUCACUCCACAGUGCGCAAUUUUACCCCAGCAUUCAGCAAGCGGGAGGCAUUGCCCAGCCCUGUUUCGGAACCCAUAGCGUUGGUGGCUAUCAGCAGCAGGGCUAUUAAUAGUAGCUCACUUCGAAUAAAUCACCGCGAUGAUUUUGUACUACAAAAGCAAA